AACUGGUUUUUCCCGCUUCUUUCUUCUUUCUUCUUCUUCCUCUUCUUCCCUCUUCGUUCCUUCUUCUUCCUGCAUCAAGAAAUUGCAAAAUGCAGGGUUGCAUCAACUUCACGUUAUCUAUAGUGAUACUCCUGAUUCCUGUGCUACUCUCUCUCAGAAACCAGCGAGGAACAGAAGCUCCAACUACUUCUCCUCCUUCUUCUUGCUUUGGUUCUUCGUUUACCAUGAACCUGGUCAUCAACGAAACCUUUUCCUUCAACCAGAGGAUUCGAAGUGGCUCCAAUCUUGAAUAUGACCUUAACAUUAUGUCUCGCCGUUCCACUUCCACCGUCAUUCGCAUUUGCUGCCACCACAGGGAUGUGUCGCCUUCACUUUUCCAUCACUGCUUCACCGAGGGCUGUAAUGCUUCACUGCUGUUGGGUGAAAAUGGUGAUAGGAACCUUUCCAUGGCGAAGCAGGAGGUGGAACAAGCAGGCCCUGGGACUGUGUCUUGUGCUGACAUGCUAGCUCUUGUAGCUAGAAAUCCUGUCAUUCAGGAUGGUGGACCUGUGUAUCCAGUUUUAAUAGGCAAAAGGGAUAGCAAUCAAUCUAUUAUUGAGGAAGCAUUAGCAGCUGAUGAGAAUCCCAGAAGUGAUGAUAUGGAUAACACUACAUGCACACUGCAUCUCUAUAAUCUCAGAAGAACUAAUGAAAGAGAAACAGUGGGCUUUGUUGAAAUUAGCAAAACUGGCUGUGAUUUCAUUCUGCAAGAGCCUCACCCCAGCAUUCUUACUAUUCACUCUGCAAGCAGCAUGCAUAACAUGAAGAAUAACAAUAUCUGCAGUGAUAAGGUUGUUGCCCCGCUUGCGAUCUCAAAGCCAAAGCUUCUGAGUCUAGAUGAUAUUGCAAGGAUAAUUGGUUAUCUUUUCUUUUUGAUUUUGUAAUUGCUUUUCUUUAUGCUUUAUAAUUCUAAAUAGCCGUUAGGGGCUCCAACUAAGGUGUACCAGUACCAUCCAGUGUAACCAGUGUAGCCGGUUAUAAUAGGUUACAAAUUUUUAAUAAAUUUCACUUCAUUUGAUUCAUUUUA